CCUGCUUUGUUUGAGACUUUGAGAACGAGCAAAACCUAUCACUCUUAGUUUGCAUGAGGGCAUAGACAAGAUAAUGCGACCGUCGACUAGACUACCUCUCAGUAGUCUCGCCGUUGCACCAUGCGCACGCAUCCCCGUUUACCGCCGUGUACAGGCUCUCCCCCUUCCACACAUCUCGUGUCGUAAAGCCUCGUCUUCAGCCGCUCUUGUUGAUACCAUCCCCGGAAUUGCUCAGAAUGUUGAUAAGGUUACGCAUAUGCUCCGCAUACCUAUGGAAUACAUGCACGAUACCCUUCAUAUUCCAUGGUUGUGGGUGAUUCCACUCUCUGCUCUUGCCAUUCGAGCUAUACUCUAUUACCCCAUUACACUCUCGACGCGCAAAGCCUUGCAACGCCGCUUAGCAAUCAGCCCGCUCAUAAAUGCUCACAAGUCUUGGUACCUCAAAGACGCUCGCAAUCACGCGCGCCACGAUCCCUCGGUAGGCAUGAUGAAACGGUACAGAACUGCCAUGCGAGCACUGAGGAAAGACUUGCAACAUAGGUUUGACUGUGGACUUGGGAAGACAUUGUUGAGACCCAUUCUACAGCUUCCUGUAUUUCUGACAAUGAGCUGGAAUAUUCGGGAAAUGUUGGGCAUACCUGGCGGUACACUAAAGUCUUUGCUGUAUACCAUGCUCGGCCAGGAGUUGACAGAAGGCAUGGACGCUGCGCGACAGGCUGCGCUACUGUUUGAGCCAACUAUGAUGGAGGAAGGGCUCCCUUGGGCUGUGGAUCUAACGAUCGCAGACCCAACAGGAACGCUGUCAUACGCAGUAUCUGCAAUCAUGAUGUCCCAGACACUACUGAGCAUGCGCCGUGUGCCUGGAGGUUCUGGCUCCGUCCUCACACGAUUUUUGCUUGUUCUCUCGCUCGCAAUCGGACCACUUAUGGUGAACGCGCCAGCUGGGUUGCUGUACUACUGGGCAUGCAGCUCUGGAAUGGCUCUGAUUACGAAUGUCAUUUUAGAUUGGAGGUACCCGCUACUUAGGUUCACACCGUGUAAACGCCCUCUGACGAAUCCUUUACCAAAGAAAUAACUGUCAUUCAUCGUGGCUUUGACAGCAACAGAAUCGACUUUCCCGAGAAGAAUCCAGCUACUUUACAGGGCGAAAAGGCUAGCAAUGAGUAGUUCCAGUAUGUGUUGUAUGUUCAAUGGAGCCCCUAGUUAAACCAACCACUGCUCAUUGAGACAUUUGAGACGAAGCUUGCAUAUUGUCAAGGCAUACAGUAUUUCGGCGCUGGGAAUCAAUAGGAAGCUGAUAUCAGUAUAUGCCCAGAACUUGAUCCUUUGAGUUUGAGCAUUUCGCUGAAAAGGCUCCAUUGAAUAAGCUCUACUCUGUGGGAAACAAAACAAUGCAUCAAAUAACUCCCCCGAAGAAUUGCUAGGUUGGAUCAGUCCAUAGAGCAUGGGAAAAAAGAUCUACGAACUCGGUCACAUUUCACAACUUUGGAUGUACGAAUUCCAAAGUUGCGGAGCAGUAGAGAGAAAAAAAAUAAGGGGCUCCUAAUAGAAUUUCCGGUAGAGGAACAACUGGGAAUAAAUAUUACUGCAGUUGUUUCUUACAUAAGCCCCAUAAACGUGCUGGAAAAAGUCGCCUGGUAUGACGGCUUUAUCGAGCAAACCACUGGGUUAAGACAAUUACAGAGUCAGCUAUGAGCCUUAGGUUAGUUGCAUUUGAAAUAACAUCGAAGCUUGUGUAUUCAAG